GCACUUGGAGAAGGGUAUUAUACUAUUAUUUUGGCGCUAAUUAACUAUGUCGAUGAAUCUAAAUUUGUUGGUGCAUUCAUUUGUGAUUUUACGUGUCCGUAAGCAAAGAAAUCAUCUUUGAACUCGGAACUCAGAACUCAGAAGUGGAAGCUAGUAAGGAAGGAAGCAUGAGCAACCACCAUAACCAACAAGAUCAGCGUAACGGCAUUCUCGAUUCCACCUUCAAUCAAACCCUUAGAACUGUUCAAGGGUUACUUAAAGGUCGUAGCAUGCCUGGGAAAAUAUUAUUGAGCCCGAGAUCAGACCCAGUAGAUGGCUUGAACACGAAGGACUCAUCGCCAAGUUACAGGAGGAGCUUCUCACACAAUGAUGCUGGCACUAGUGACCAUACAUAUGGGGCAGAUGAGGAAGAAGUUCAGAGUCCAACUAUUAUUGCCAACUUGAAUCGGUUAUCAAUCUCGCAUGUAGAGAGAUCAUCCAAAGAAUUCUGCAAGUCUACCAUUGGUGCCAGAUCUACAGAUUCUGCAAGAGUUAUGAAGUUCACUAAGGUUCUUUCUGGGACAACAGUUAUAUUAGACAAGUUGCGUGAGCUAGCUUGGAGUGGUGUUCCAGAUGACAUGCGCCCUACUGUGUGGAGGCUUCUCUUGGGAUAUGCACCACCUAAUUCAGAUAGAAGGGAGGGGGUUCUACGAAGAAAGCGCCUUGAGUAUCUUGAGUGUAUUUCUCAGUAUUAUGAUAUUCCUGAUACUGAUCGUUCCGAUGAUGAGAUCAACAUGCGUCGCCAGAUUGUUGUUGAUUGUCCAAGAACUGUACCUGAUGUUCCAUUCUUCCAGCAACAGCAAGUUCAGAAAUCAUUGGAGCGCAUUCUUUAUGCAUGGGCCAUUCGACAUCCUGCAAGUGGAUAUGUUCAGGGGAUAAAUGAUCUUGUUACACCAUUUUUAGUUGUUUUCCUUUCAGAAUACUUAGAAGGGUCUAUAGAUAAUUGGUCAAUGUCUGAUUUAUCCUCAGACCAGAUCAACAAUGUAGAGGCUGAUUGCUAUUGGUGCUUGUCGAAGUUGCUUGAUGGUAUGCAAGAUCAUUACACAUUUGCUCAACCAGGGAUUCAGAGGCUUGUUUUUAAGUUGAAGGAAUUGGUCAGGAGGAUUGAUGAACCUGUUUCACGACAUGUGGAGGAUCAAAGUCUUGAAUUUCUUCAGUUUGCUUUCCGCUGGUUCAACUGUCUUCUAAUCCGCGAGAUACCCUUCCAUCUCAUCACACGCCUUUGGGACACGUACCUUGCUGAAGGAGAUGCUUUACCAGAUUUCCUUGUGUAUAUAUUUGCCAGUUUCCUUCUAACAUGGUCAGACAAUCUCCGGAAGCUAGAUUUCCAAGAAUUGGUGAUAUUCCUUCAACAUCUUCCAACUCAGAACUGGACUCACCAAGAGCUGGAAAUGGUGCUUUCCAGGGCAUUUAUGUGGCACAGCAUGUUCAACAACUCUCCCAGCCAUUUAGCCAGCUGAAUUGGCAAUUCUGGUUUUCUGGAUUCAACUCUUGUUCAUUUUCUAGUUUCUUUUUUUUUUUUCAAAAACUUUUUCAUCAGGCUUUUGCCUACAUCAUAUAUGGUGUUGUUUCUUGUGUAAAAGGAUUAAUUGUUUUUCACAACCAUUUUUCCAUGUAGGUUACCUUGUAAUAUUUUGUAAAGGAGAGAGUGAGAGGAAGGGGAGAAAAGAAAAAAACAAUAGAGACAGAGAGCCUAUUUUUAUUGUAUUAACUUCAUAACAUUUCAGAAUAGCAACAGAUGUGUCAGCAA